AUGCUGUGCGACCACACCGCAGUUAAUCUUAUUCUCGGAUUGCCUCCUACGCUGGCGCAGCUGGGAGUCAAGGGAGGCAAAGAAGCCGUGCUGAACAGCUUGAUGGUUGAGGGGCGAUCGCCAAACAGAGGCCGACAGUCGGCAAGACAAGACCGUCAAGUAGUCAUGCAGGACAACAAGUACACUGAGGUACCAUUUGCUCCUGUAAGGCGCAGAGUGGUGUUGGCCUUGGUUCUCUUCUGUGUCGCUCUCCAGCUUCUGAACACACCGUUGAAGUGGCAAGAGAACACAACUCUUUUCGGCUUCGAAGCUACAAUCUGCGGGGAUACUCGUUCGAAUCCAACCCAGCUCCAAUUGACCCCCUCCCCCGGCUCGGCUAUGAUGAAGAGAAGGCAGGUCGAUAAGCGCGGCCGAGUCACGAAGUUGGCAGCAAGGUGGGCCAGCAGAGGCUCUGUCUGGCACUGUCAGUCUGGAGGUGCGGUUUACCCCUGUUGA